ACAGCUCUGCAAAUAUUUCCUUAUACAAUUUAAUAGAGUUGAUAAAUAUCAGGUAUAUUUGUUUGUUCUUGUGGAUUUGACUAUCUUAUUCACUGAGUAAUCGAAAUGGAAGCUGAAACGCCUGAUCAAGUCAACAAAACUUCAAGAAACUCGAAAAGAACCAAAGUUUCAGAAGCUAUGAAUUGGGCUGAUGAGGCUGCCGGCGGAGAAAAAGACGUGGAGGAAGGAAAGAAGGCACUGGAGGGCGACUUCGUCGUUGACGUAUCAAGAAACAGUGGAAACUCAAAAGAGGCAGAAAAAGUGUGCAGAAUUUGUCAUUUGUCCGAGGACUCGGAACUCGUCCUGCUUGGCUGUGAUUGCAGAGGCGAGUUGGGUGUUGUGCAUCGCGAUUGUGCUGAGGCCUGGUUUCUGCAGAAAGGAAACAGAUUGUGUGAAAUUUGUGGAAAGAUGGCUAAGAACGUCAGAAGCAACAAUAGGGAGGACGCUACAGCAUUGGAGAUAGAGUCGAAUGAGAUGAGACUGGUGGCAGCCACUCUCGAUACUGCCGACGAGAGCUCGCGACGUUGCAAACGAUCUUUCUGCAAUUUGCUGCUAGGAUGUCUGCUUCUAGCUUUUGUGCUGCCGUGGUUGUUGCGGGGCAUCGACAUGUUGUAGUGAUGGAUGGAUAUAAGCUGAAAAUCUGCCGAGGGUUUCUGGAUCAA